GGCGCGCAUGCCUGGGUCGUCGCGGGGGGGUGGGGGGCGGGCGUCACAGGUCCUGACAGGGAAGAAGUUGGCAGGUCCUGGCAGGGGACGAGCUGCGGUGGCGGCACCUCCGGGUAUGGAAGGCUCCAGUGAGAUGGAGCCGCGAGUCGCGGACGCUGGGGCCGGUGAGACUGCGAGAGCAGCGGGCGGCGGUCCGGCAGUUGGCUGCACCACUCGGGGGCCCGUAGUCUCGGCGCCCCUGGGAGCCGCCCGGUGGAAGCUCCUGCGGCAGGUUCUGAAGCAAAAACACCUGGAUGAUUGCCUGCGACAUGUAUCUGUAAGAAGAUUUGAAUCAUUUAAUCUGUUUUCAGUAACAGAAGUCAAAGAAAGGGAAACUGAAAAGGAGGUUGGUGCAUGGGUCCAAUAUACAAGCAUCUUCUGUCCUGAAUACAGUAUCUCCAUAAGGCAUAAUAGUGGAUCCUUGAAUGUUGAAGAUGUCCUUACCAGCUUUGACAAUACAGGAAAUGUUUGUAUCUGGCCAUCCGAAGAGGUGUUGGCUUACUACUGCCUCAAGCACAGUAAUAUAUUCAGGGCCCUUGCUGUGUGUGAGCUAGGGGGUGGCAUGACAUGCUUGGCUGGGCUCAUGGUUGCUAUUUCUGCAGAUGUCAAAGAAGUUCUGUUAACUGAUGGGAAUGAAAAGGCCAUCAGAAAUGUGCAAGACAUCAUCACAAGGAAUCAGAAGGCUGGUGUUUUUAAGACCCAGAAAAUAUCAAGCUGCGUUUUACGAUGGGAUAAUGAGACAGAUGUCUCUCAACUGGAAGGACAUUUUGACAUUGUUAUGUGUGCUGACUGCCUGUUUCUGGACCAGUACAGAGCCAGCCUUGUUGAUGCAAUAAAGAGAUUACUCCAGCCCAGGCUUUCAGGGCUGGCUGUUUGGCUUCUGGAGGACCUCCCGCUGCUGAGUAUACAGUCCAAGACUAAGAAAAUGGUCAAGGUUUUAUUCCAUUACAAUUAGAGCUGGUUUUAGUGUUCUCUUGAGCCCAGACAACUCUUCCAUGGUUUUGUGGCCCAGAGGCUGAAGGUGUCACAAGAAGCCCACAGAGAAACAACAUGGGGGGCUACAUAGUGGACCCUGAAUUCUUGAUGAUUCAGUGCAAGAUACAGCAAGUUCUCUGUGCACUUCCAGCAAAUGCAAACACUGCACUUUCAGCAAAUGCUUCAAGUUCAUAGUGUGGCCCCGGUUUCUGAAGGUCUAGGGUAGCGGGUGGAAAGAGUCAGAAAAAUCUGCAUACAAAUCCCAAGUCUACAUUAAGUACCUUGCCUCUCUGAGCCUGAGUUUCCUCACCUGUCAAGAGUUAAGACUAAUGCCCACCUUGUGGGCUGGUGUGAAAUAUUUACAUAUGUAAAUCCUUGGUCUGUGCCUGGCUUACAGGAGGUGCUCCUUAAGGGGAGCUGCUUCUCUUUUAUUGCUGUAAAACUUAUCAAGGUUAAUCCACAUGAGAUGUUUAUCCAGGGGGACACUGGCUUGGUUGAUGGGACACCUGAGUUCCAGGCCCAGUGUGGCCCUAACAGGCUCUGGAAUCACCUCUUGCUCCAUUCUCCCCAAAGAGGGAAAAUGAGGGAGUUCACCCGUGCUCUCAUAGAGUUCUAUCAGCUCUGAAAUCCUACAUUCUCCUCGCAGAGACAAAGUAUACAUGGGCCGUGGAGGCAGAAAGCUUAGGCCCAAAUCUGGUCUCCCAUUGACUGAAUUAAUGUCUGGAAGUCUCAGUUUCUCAUCUGUAAAAUGGGGAGUGAAAAAGCCGAUGCACUGUAAUGCACAUGAUUGGCUCAGAGUAUCUAUUCGAGGUUAGCUCUGGUUACAUUGGUAAAUACAGACUAUGGGGGCCUUUUUUUGUUUGUUUGUUU